AUGCAAAGCAGAAUCGUUAUCGCAGGGGCAGGCUUCGCCGGCGUGUGGAGUGCUCUCUCCGCCAAACGUCUCAUUGGAUUUCACGGCAAAGACGACGAUAUCGAAGUCAUUGUCGUUGCUCCAGAGCCAUCACUGGUUCUUCGUCCACGGCUCUAUGAGGCCAAUGCUUCCGGCAUGACGCAUCCUCUUGGUGCUCUUUUCAAAGAUGCCGGUAUCAACUUUAUCCGGGGCAUUGUCGAGACGAUCCAAACUGAGGAGCAAACUGUCAAUGUACGACAUGUCUCUGGUCCAACGUCGACGAUAAAGUACGAUCGAUUGAUAUUAGCUGUUGGAAGUACUGUUUCACGCCCCAGUAAAGUCGCUGGUGUGCAGGAACAUACCUUCGACAUUGAUGCUCUCGAUUCGGCAACCAAACUCGAAUCCCAUCUCCAGAGCUUAGCUUCUCUUGCCGCAGGUCCAGGCCGUGACACGAUCGUGGUAUGUGGAGGAGGAUUUACUGGCAUUGAGCUGGCGACCGAGCUACCUAAACGCUUCCCUGACGCUCAUAUUGUUCUUGUUGAAAAUGGAACCGAAAUUGCCUCGGGAUUUGCACCCAGCUCUCGAGCUAUCAUCAAAAAGGCCCUUCACGAUCUGAACGUGGAGGUCAAACUGGGAGCGGCAGUAACAUCCAUUGAUAGUGAGAGAAUAAUGCUUGCUUCGGGCGAGAGCAUCGAGACAAAGACCCCUAUAUGGACCGCCGGAGUGAGGGCAAGUCCGUUAACGCAGCAAAUCUCGGGAGAAAAAGACGGACUUUCUCGCCUACGCGUGGAUCACAACCUGCGUGUUCCGACCGAUCCCCACGUCUUCGCAACCGGAGACACGGCGUGUGCCCUCGCAGACACCAACAGUCACCAUACAUUGAUGUCCUGCCAACACGCCCUCGUCCUGGGCCGGUUUUCUGGUCACAACGCGGCUGCAGACCUGCUUGGUGAACGCCUGAUGCCGUACUCACAAGCGGCAUAUAUUUGCUGUCUCGACUUGGGUGGGUACGGUGCGGUGAUCGCUCAGGGUUGGGAAAAAGAAUUGAAGCUCCAGGGUGACAUGGCGAAGGGAGUGAAGAACCUUAUCAACCAGCAGCUAAUUUACCCUCCGCAGAACGUUGAAGAGGCUAUGACUGCGGCGGACCCUAUUGGACCCGAUUCUGACCAGCUGCUUGAGCAGUUGAUUAAAGUUGUGGGAUAA